AUGCCAAUCGCAAUCGAUAACGAUGUGCGUUCGCGACGCGAAACUGUUAUCGGUGCGUUAGCCCUGUGGGCCAAUCGAGAUUUUCGCGACGCCCUGUGCAGCCCUUGUCGAAUUUUUUCCACUUGCGCUAGAGAGUUUGUUAACGAAAGUGAACCAUCAAACAUGGCUGGCGGCAACACACCGCGUGUUAUACAGGUGACCAAUAUUGCGCCGCAGGCCACCAAGGAUCAGAUGCAAACGUUGUUCGGCAACAUUGGCAAAAUCGAGGAGAUUCGACUGUACCCCACCAUACGGGAUGUCUCCUGCCCGGUACAGUCGCGCAUCUGUUACGUGAAAUACACGGAGACGAGCAGCGUGCCCGUGGCCCAGCACUUGACCAAUACCGUUUUCAUAGACCGGGCGCUCAUUGUAAUCCCGGUGUUGGCCAUACCCGAGGAGUAUCGUGCACUGGAGAUGCUUAAGAAUGGCACCAUUGUGCCGGGCUUGCAGAAACCAGACUCCAAACUGCCGCCGGAGGUAAUUAAUCGCAUUGAGGGUCAGCUGCCGCAGCAGGUCAUCAAGACGUACGAUCCCAAGCUAGUGGAGUUCAAUCUGCCCGAAUAUCCAGCGCUGCCCUCCUUCUACGAUGCGCGCAAGAUAGAAGAAAUCCGGCGCACUAUAAUUGUGUGCGAUGUGCGUAACGAGUGGCGCCUCGACGAUCUAAUGGAGUGCUUCCAACGUGCCGGCGAGGUCAAAUACGCGCGCUGGGCCGAGAAGGAUAACAAGACGUACUGCAUGAUCGAGUUCUGUGAGCAGACGAGCGUUAUACAUGCGCUGCGCCUGCAGGGCCAGGAGUUCAAGGGCGGCCAUUUGAGUGUCUACCAUUCGACCUACUCCAUAACGAAGCCCGAGGCCAAGUCGAAUGAAGCAGCCCAGGCCGAAAUUGAGGAGGCCAUGACGAUUGUCAAGGAAGCACAGAGCAUGAUAUCGGCCGCCAUAGAUCCCGUUAUUGGCAUGCUGGCCAAGGACAAGCGACGACGUUCUCGCUCACACUCGCGUUCCCGAGAGCGACACACCGCCAGUCGAUCCCGUUCGCAUCGCUCCAGCUCACGUCGGCGCCGACGCUCGGGCACUCGCGAGCGACGCAGCGUUUCCAGGUCCCGACGCUCGCGCUCCCGCGGCAAACACUCCUCAAGGUCGCGCAGCAAACGCUCGCGAUCGCGUCAUCGUCGCAGCAGCUCACGCUCGCGCCGCUCACGCUCACGUGGCGGCAAGCAUUCGCGUUCGUCAAGGUCGCGCGGCAAGCGCUCCAGAUCUCGACAUCGUCGCAGCACUUCAAGCACAAAUCGCUCACGCUCGCAUGGAGUUGCAGGAGCCGGUGGCAGUGGCGUUGUUAGCGUUGGCAGCGGCAACGGCAAGCGCUCCAGAUCCCGUGAGCGCAGCAAGAAGUCGCAUCGCGUCCGUUCGCCACGGUCACGCAGCAAACGCAGCUCCCCGUCGCCGCCACCUCCGAUCAGCAAGUCGCGCUCCAGCCGGAGCAAAGAUGUUGCCACAAUUUCAAGCAAGUCCUCGUCAACGUCCUCCCGACGACGUUCGCGCACACCGGACACACGCAAACUGAAACCCAUUUCCGAGGAUAUCGAGGCGAAGGGCCGCAAAUCGGUCAGCAUUGAGAAGUCGGACAACAUGGAUAUAUCCAACUCACCAUAGAGAUGAACGAGAUCGUUUAAUAUGAACAUAAUUUGAUAAGAAAUACAAAACAAUUAAAAACUAACAUUACUUUUGCUAUUUUAUCAAUAUCAAUGCCAAUUUCUACUUGUAUUGCGCUCCUCUGUCCUAGUUCCAAGUAUAAAGUUUAAUUCAAAGUCCAGCAUUUACACAUGUAUGUUUAUUUAAGUAAAAAUAUUGAAUAUACAACUCUAGCCUAAGUUAACAA